CGUAUUGCCACAACCAUUCCAAAUGAAUGCCACAGACGAAGAUCUUAAACUACAAACUUAAAUUUUCGAUUAUAUUUUGUUGUAAUGGACUGGCUAUUAGAAACGCCUCAGCUAUAUAGUGCUUUCUCCUCACUGGGCUCCCUCAUGGGAGAUACCUAUGUUGUAAGUGAUAAGGUUCUAGAAACAUUGGAAGAAAUUGACUUUAAGUUGACCUAUGAAGAUCAAACCCUACGAACAUUUCGACGAGCUGUAGGUUUUGGUAAAAAUGUUAAAUCCGAUCUGCUACCCCUCCUGGAAAAUGCCAAAGAUGAGGAGGUAUUCGAUUCGGUUAUAAGGAUAUUGGUAAACCUCACCGCGCCGGUGGAAUGUCUAUUCUCGGUCGAUGUUAUGUAUCGGACCGAAGUGGGCCGAUACACCAUCUUCGAAUUGAAUAAUUUAUUGCACACGAGCAAGGAGGCCUUUACCGAUCCGAAAAGUACAAAAUGUGUUGUGGAAUAUAUGACGCGGAUUUUGGAAUCCGAUUCAAAGUUAUCGGCCAAGAAAUGUGAACAAAUCAAUAAUUGUUUAUUGUUGUUGCGUAAUAUUUUGCAUAUACCCGAACCGAGAGGCAACUACAUCAUGUCCACGGCGGCCCAUAACCAAUCGGGUGGAACCCAUGUGGUCUCUAUGCAAAAUACAAUUUUGUGGAAUUUAUUUAUUCAGAGUAUAGAUAAAUUGUUGCUGUACCUUAUGACAUGCCCCCAGCGAGCGGUAUGGGGUGUUACACUGGUCCAGCUGAUCGCCCUCAUGUAUAAGGAUCAGCAUGUUAGUACCCUGCAGAAGCUAUUGAAUAUGUGGUUUGAAGCUUCGCUAUCGGAAAGUUCGGAGGAUAAUGAGAGUAAUACGUCGCCGCCGAAACAGGGUAGCUGUGAUUCGAGUCCCAUGCUGACAUCGGAUCCCACAUCGGAUUCAUCGGAUAAUGGCAGUGGCGGCACUAAGAAAAACGUCAGCUCCGAGGAUCGUCGUCAGGCUUUGCGCGAAGAAACCGAAGCCACAUUACAAGAGGUAAGUCGUAAGGGCCAAGAGUAUCAAAAUGCCAUGCUACGAGUACCAGCUGACAAUGGUGAUGCCCCCGAGGUGGCAACCGAUCUCAGUAUGAAGAAGAAAUCCAACCAAGAACCGACGAACAAUACGAAUUGGUCCCAAAAAGAAUCGGAACAGGGCACCUGUCCUUCGUCGCCGACAAAAAUGAAAAAGGAAAAUAACAAUAAAAUUGAUAACAACGAUGCAACGGAAACUAAAACAACAACAUCAAACAAACAACAACCACAACAACAAUUACAACAACCAGCUGAAUCAAAUUCAAGCACUUCCAAAAUGUCCGACAGUGACAAUUUUAUGGCUCCACCAGCCUUACCUAUUACUAAGCCCACAGCAUGCGUAACAGUUGCUCCCUUGCCGUUAAUGGCCAACGAUCCGGAAUUAAUGGAACCAUGUCCAAAGAGUCAGAAUCAACAGAAAACACCCCAUUCGGCUCAUGUCAAGCUGACAAUGGGUAAAUGUGGUCCGCAGAAGCGACAAUGCCCCUCGUCACAAUCGGAACUAUCCGAUUGUGGUUAUGGUACACAAGUUGAAAAUCAAGAGUCCAUAUCAACCUCUAGUAAUGAUGAUGAUGGUCCUCAGAGCAAGCCACAACAUCAAAAACCGCCAUGCAGUUCGAAGUCACGUAAGGGCCAGCGUAAUAUCUUGACGGCCAUCGAUAAGAAGGAGUUGAGAAGGAAGAAGCUGGUGAAGCGGAGCAAGAGUAGUUUAAUCAAUAUGAAGGGUUUGGUACAGCAUAUACCCACAGAUGAGGAUAUCGCCAAUUUAUUAAAGGAGUUCACUGUUGACUUCUUACUUAAGGGUUACAGUUAUUUGGUGGAGGAUUUACACUCCCAACUUUUGACAAAUUUGAACAUUCCGAUCGACACCUCCCAUUUCUUUUGGUUGGUAACAUAUUUCCUGAAAUUUGCCGCCCAAUUGGAAUUGGAUAUGGAACAUGUCAAUAACAUAUUGACCUUCGAAGUUAUUAGCUAUCUAACGUAUGAGGGUGUAAUGCUAUGCGAACAAUUGGAAUUAAAUUCCCGCCAGGAGGGUAGUGACCCGAAUCCAUAUUUACGACGUAUGCAUUUGGUCGUAACUGCUAUAAGGGAAUUUCUCCAGGCCAUUGAAACCUAUAAAAAAGUCACUCACCUCAGUGAAGAAGAUCGUGAGCGAUUGCGAAUGUUACAGCUGCAAAUAAGUAGUUCGGAAGAUUUACGAAAUUUAUUUGUACUGCUAUUGCGUCGCUUCAACCCUAGUCUACAUCCCAAACAAUAUCUGCAAGAUUUGGUAGUGACCAAUCAUAUGUUGUUGCUGAUCUUGGAUAGUGUUACCAAGUCGGAGGAUAAUGUCCAUAUUAAGAUGAUCGAUCAUGUUUCACAAUUUGCCACCAUGGAAAUAAUGCACUUCUAUGGCAUGCUCCUUGACGAUUUCAAUAGCAAUGGUGAAUUUGUCAACGAUUGUAUAUUCACCAUGAUGCAUCACAUUGGUGGUGAUUUGGGACAAAGUACAGCCCUAUUUCAACCGGUGAUUUUGAAGACAUUUUCACGCAUUUGGGAAGCCGAUUACGAGCUGUGUGAUGAUUGGUCCGAUUUAAUUGAAUAUGUCAUCCAUAAAUUUAUAAAUACACCACAAAAGAGUCCAUUGGCUGCCUCAUCAGCAUCCCUGACGGAGUUAACCAAGGAACAUAAUAUGGAAACAGCAGUGAGCACUUGGACUCAAGAGGAAAUGGACACGCUGUAUUGGUAUUAUGUUCAGAGCAAGAAAAAUAAUGAUGUUGUUGGAAAAAUUGUGAAAUUGUUUGGCAACAAUGGCAACAAGCAGAAAUCGAGGAUAUCGAUAAUACAACAGCUAUUGCAACAGGACAUAAUAACCCUUGUCGAAUACGACGAUUUAAUGAAAUAUGAAGAUGCUCAGUAUCAGCGUACUUUGUUAACGACUCCCACUUCAGGUACCACCGAAUCUGGUAUAGAAAUGAAGGAUACAGCCAUAGCUGGUAAACCCUCUGAUGAUAUACAGAUUCUUCGCGAUUUAAUUAUAAAAGAGAAAAAGAAACAACAUUUGGAAUGGCUGCAGAAAUUGUUAUUGGAAUGUUGUUAUGUCAAAUUGAUUUUGCGGAAAAAUCCCCUAAGGGAAGAUCAUCAGAAUUUAUCGGUGAUAAUGGAACCAGUUGCCUAUCAUUCAAUAUGUAAG